UGUUUUGGUGCUGCCACCUAAGGAAAUUACAAGUUGUUUUCCUGCGGCCUCAAUAAACAAAGCAGAAUCUAUUCGAAAACUACGCAUUGUAGAGCAGCGCAAAUGGAGCAACCAGCGACAGAGGGAGCCGCUGUCCAACCGGGCGUGUCCCCCGUCCACAUCCACGAUUCAGAUCAGCUCCUGGACCCCGUUCUCUUCUCCAAUGACAAUGGGAGCUUCAAGCUGAACACAGUGCCCGCAUUUAGCCUUCACCUCGUUAUCUCCACGGGAAUCUCGAUUGUGGGCAUCGUACUGGCGGCCUCGUUUCCAGAGGAUCGGCGCUGUGAUGCCUACUUCAUAAUGCUGUAUCUACGGGCCACCUUCUGGGUCAUCACAUAUCUCUUCGAUCACUUUGUGAAGAAGCAACACGACAAUCUGCGGAUGCAGGGCUAUCAUGAUUUCCACCGCGAGACAAACAUGCAGAAGGGGAUUCCCCUUCAACUGGUGUCCAUGUGGAACUCCAUGCUGCUGGCCGUCCAGUCCCUGAUCCACCACUUCUACGCGCAGAACUUCUGGGAGCACUGCGCCGCCGGAUGGCUUUCGCCGGUCAGUUAUGUGACCGCAUUUACCGUGGCCGAGAAUCUGGUGUUCGCCGUAUCACACAGCUUAUACAUUGACAAAGUCCGUAAAUUUAACAACGCCAAGUUGUCCCCGGAUGUUCUGCGUGGUUCGGACCGUGCCGGUGGUUCUUUGGGCCUCAUGCAACCCGGAGGCGAUACCGAAGAACUGUUAGAGAAACAGGCCGACCUCAUCGCCUAUCUACGCGACCAUACGCACAAGCUUAACCAGAAAUUGCACCAAAUGCAGACCAACGUGCGACCAGUAAGGUCUCCGCAAAUUCCUUAAAGACAACUGCAUAUUGUUUUUACGUAUUAUAAUAUUUUUACUGGUGGUUCUCUUUUUAUUUUUAAACAUUUUGUUCACGACGAAGAAAUAUUCUUCAAAUAGAUCCAUUGCAAAAAUGCAAUUGGGCGCUAACAAAAAAAUUAAAUAUUCAACUGUAAAUACAGAGAACGAAAUCCUCAUUACGCGAUCAAAGAUUAAGUUCAUUGAAUUGUAUUAUAAAAACAAGUGUGUGUAAAAUUAUUAAAUUAAACUGAUCUAUACAAAUAA